CUCCCAUGCGGGUGCAGGGCCCAAGUACUUGGGCCAUUCUUCACUGCCUUCCCAGGCCACAGCAGAGAGCUGGACUGGAAGAGGAGCAACUGGGACAGAACCGGUGCCCCGAUUGGGACUAGAACUUGUGUGCCGGCGCCGCAGGCAGAGGAUUAGCCUAUUGAGCCGUGGUGCCGGCCCCCAGUUCAAUAUUUAAAUCUUUUUUUGUCAAAAUAACCACUAACAGGAAAUUAAAUUUCUCCACAGGUCAUCUGUUAAAGUAGAAGAUAACACAGGACUUUUAUUUUAGGAUGAAACUGUUAUCUGAAGGACAUCUAAGGCUUUGUGUUGUUCAACCAAUACAUCUCACAUCAUGGCUGCUCAUGCUUUUCAUUCUGAAGUCAAUCUCUUCUCUAAAACCUGCACGACUCCCAAUUUACCAAAGGAAACCUUUUAUUGCAGCUUGGAAUGCUCCAACGGAUCAAUGUUUGAUGAAAUACAAUUUAAAACUAAAUUUGAAAAUGUUUCAGGUGAUUGGAAGCCCUUUGGCCAAGGCCAGGGGGCAGAAUGUCACUAUAUUUUAUGUCAACAGAUUGGGAUACUAUCCUUGGUAUACAUCAGAAGGGGUCCCCAUUAAUGGAGGCCUCCCUCAGAACAUAAGUUUGCAAGUCCAUCUGGAGAAAGCUGAUCAGGACAUCAAUUAUUACAUCCCCGCCAAGGACUUCAGUGGACUUGCUGUUAUAGACUGGGAAUAUUGGCGACCACAGUGGGCCCGGAACUGGAACACAAAAGAUGUCUACAGACAGAAGUCAAGAAAGCUUAUUUCUGAUAUGCAAGCGAAUGUAUCAGCUACUGACAUCGAAUAUUUAGCCAAGGCAACCUUUGAAGAAAGUGCAAAAGCUUUCAUGAAGGAAACCCUCAAAUUGGGAAUUAAGAGCCGACCCAAGGGCCUUUGGGGUUAUUAUUUAUAUCCUGAUUGCCAUAAUUAUAAUAUUUAUGCCCCAAACUACACUGGGUCAUGCCCAGAAGAGGAAGUUUUGAGGAAUAAUGAGCUCUCGUGGCUCUGGAAUAGCAGUGCUGCUUUAUAUCCGUCUAUAGGCGUCAGAAAAGCCCUUGGAGACAGUGAAAACAUUUUGCGCUUUUCACAGUUUCGAGUGCACGAAUCCUUGAGGGUCUCCACCAUGACAUCUCACAAUUGCUCUCUGCCUGUAUUUGUCUACACAAGGCUAGGAUAUAGAGACGAACCUUUAUUUUUUCUUUCUAAGCAAGACCUAAUCAGUACCAUAGGAGAAAGUGCUGCAUUGGGAGCUGCAGGCAUUGUUAUCUGGGGAGACAUGAAUUUGACUUCAUCUAAGGGCAACUGUACAAAGGUGAAGCAGUUUGUGGGCUCUGAUUUAGGGAGGUACAUUGUCAACGUGACCAGAGCCGCUGAGGUGUGCAGCCUUCACCUCUGCAGGAAUAAUGGGAGGUGCAUAAGGAAGAUGUGGAGAGCACCUGAUUAUCUCCACCUGAAUCCUGCAAGUUUCCACAUCGCGGCCUCUGAGGACGGAGAAUUCAUUGUGAAAGGCAAAGUAUCUGAUACAGACCUGGCAGUGAUGGCCGAGAAGUUUUCCUGUCAUUGUUAUCAGGGAUAUGAAGGGGCUGAUUGCAGAGAAAUGAAGACAGUAGAUGGCUGCUCUGGGGUUUCCUCUUUCUCUGGCUCACUAAUAACACUGCACUUUCUGGUUUUAGCAGGUUAUCAGAGCAUUCAGUUGUGCGAUAAUUGAGUUUAAAGGCAAUUGUGUGGCCUCCAGUAUCAUCACUUAAGGAAAAGACAGAACUCAAGACAUUUCCUUUCUCCUGUGAACUCCACUGAGAGGUAUUAUAAGGAGACAUUAUGUGUGUCACUUAAAAUAAACAGAAACAUAUUACUUUAUUUCUCAACAAUUUGGCUACAAACCACAUCCAGGAGUACAAAUCAAUGCACUUUUCUUCAGUAUUGGAAUGUAUAAGUUGUACUUAAACUAAAUCUAAUGUGUUUUAAUAUUUUUAUGAAUGUACAUAUGUGAACAUGUACAUAUAAAUACUAAAUUAUUGAUUUCAAAGACUGUUUUUUCAGCUACCAGUUUAUCUUAGGACAGGUUACUAAGUAGUCAUUUGAUCCAACAGAAGGCAUCACUGCAAGGCACAAGCUGAUCAACUGGUCCAAAUGCAAAAUUUCUAUUUCAGCCUCAGGCUCCCUCUAGAUAUCUGCUUUCACCCAAUCUCUGCUUACAGAACUACUCCUGACAUAGCUUCUCCCAAGAGGGCAGGCACUGAGACAAGGAAGCUGUUCUCAACUCAUUGCAAAGGCAUCUAUUCAAAUAAAGUGGCUCCCUCACUACCACAAGUCCUUCCCUCACAGGACCCUGGCAGUCUGAAUACUGCAGAAGCUUUUGGGCCAAGGUCCAUGAUUCCUUAGGCUCAUGCUGCUGUAGCUGGAAGCUGCAGCCAUGUUCAAAAAUUGCAGUUGUAGGUUUUUGCAAGAAAAAAAUAAUCAUUGAAGACAAGAAUUAGCAAAUAACAUUUAAGGCACCCAGAAAUGUUGAAAAUGGGGCCUAUCAGAAAAAUUAGAUAUUUUUGCACCUUCUCUCCCACCUACAUAUGAGUUUUGAGUAGUGUUUUAGGGAAAUUUGGAUCUAAUUUGAAUCAUGGUUGUAUGACUCUGCACAAGUUAUGUUUCUCAUUUUGUCAUUUGAAAUUUGGUAAUAAGAUUCCUACCUCAAUGAGUUAUUCUAGAAAUAAAUGGAAUAAUAUAUCCCUUGCAUACUUUAGCUCUUAAUACAUAAGGCUGAUCCUCAAUUAUAUCUUCGUCACCAAAGUAAUCGAACAGCUCAGGCUAACAUGGGUUCUAGGGCUAUUUCCUCUUCCUGUUGCUAUGUUGUAUUUAUAUUCACUCAUGCACUAUGUUGGUUUCCUGAGAGGCACACCUAGUGGAUAAGAUUUCCUCCCCUUGGAGCUUAUCUUACCGGAAGAGAGACUCAAGAAAGAUGUGAUGUUGUUUAAGAAGGAAUGCUAGUUGAUUCUCCUCCCUCUCCACCUCUUAUGUGUGUCUUUUGGUGACACAUUUCCAGUUUUUAAUUCAACUCUGGAUCCCUCUUAGCAGAGGUUACCGACAUUGUUCAAUAUAUUUUUAAAUAUAAAACACAAAUAAAACAAACACUUUUAUAAUAUCAGGAAUGAAAACAUUACUUAGAUUAACUUUUUUAAAAAUUAAAUUUAUUUUCAUAUCGAAGAUAUGACUACACUAUAAAACUUUGUAAAGUAUAAAAAUAAUAAGUGAAAUCACCAAUAGUCACUCUAACAUACUGGUAAUUUCUGGCAAAUUUUUCUAACUUUUCUUCUAUAGACUUUUUUUUACAUCAUUGUAAUAAUAACACUUGCAAAUAUUUGAUCCUGCAUUUUCACUUAAAUAUAUAAGUAAUUUCCAUAGUAUUUUUAAUCCUAUAGAUAUAAUUUUAAACCUAUUUUUAAGGCCACAUAAAAAUCUACCAACUAGAUGUUGAACACUUUAACAAUUUUCCCUGAGUUUUAACUCUUAAAUUCAAGCUUUUGCUAUUUGGUCACCUUAUCAGAGAAGACUUUCCAGACUUCCUCCUAAUUUAUUCAUUUACCUAUUAAUCAAUUCAUCCAUUCAUUAAUUUAUUGAGUAUUACUUCUUACCAGGCACUGUAUAGGGUUUGGAAUACAAAUUGGAGCAAAACAGACAAAAAGAGAUUUGCCUUCUUGGAACUCAUGCUCUGGUUGGGGGAGACAGCUAUUAAACACACAGAUAAGCAAUUUGUAUGACCUAUUAGGAGGGAAAAGAAAGUACCACAGAGAGCAGAGAGGUGGAGAGGGUGUGUGCCACAUGUUGGGGCUCUCGUAGGAGACAGAGUUAACCCAAGGAAUCCUCAGGGGAAGGAAAUUUCAGGCAGAUUAAUCAUCUGCUACACAUUCCGUAGAAAACCUGGUGUAUUUGAGGAGCUAAGAGGUCACUGGGGCUGGGAUAAUUCCCUCCUCCACCAACAUCCCUUGUGUAUUCUUUGGUCUACAGCAUCUAGCACCAUUUGACAUAAAACAUGUUAUGUAUUUAUUUUCUGUCCUCCUUCACUAGAUUGUAAAAUAAGAAAAGGAGGACUUUGUUUUGUUCACUGACAACACUACUUGCUGCAGUGCUUGGCAUAUGUUAGGUGUGUAACAGGUAUUGUUAAACGGAAGAAUCAGUGAGUGACUCAGAAACUUGGACCAGUGGAACCCAUGAAUAUGUUGUAAAGUUUUUGUUUUUAUUGUGCAUAUUGAGUUAUGGUAAGGUCAUCUUCAAGUGUUAUUAUUCUGUUCUUACCCUAGCACAAUAGUCUAUGACAUCACAUAGUGCAAUUCCCAUGUAAACAGCUGAGGCCUGUCGAGAAUAAGUCAUUUGGCAAACUCAAACAAUCAGUAGGUGAAAGAGCCCAAUCGGGAAUCUCAGUUGCCAAAUUGUCUUUCUAUCAUAAUUUUGUCUUCCUCUUCUUGUAAUUGAAUUCAAAUACAUUCAUUCUGGUUUUGAUCAUGAAUUUAUUAAUGCAUUUUAAAUUUUUCUUUGUUUGGGCUGCUACUACUGGUUAUGUUCAAUCACUCUCUGGUUCUUCCAGCUGUAGAUUUAAUUUGGCUCCCUGUUCCUGUAGGAAAUCCUCCUUUUAAACUGCUUAGGCUUCUUAUAAUCAUACUAACUUUCCCAUAUGGGAGCAGUAAGAUAAUCAACCUCUCUAAUCUUUGGUGUUCUUUACAUAAAGCAGAUAAUAAUGAUAUCUUUUGUCCUCUUAAACAAAUUUAAUAAUAUACAUGAUGUAAUAGCAUUAAAAACUGGCACAUAUGUUCAGGAUAUGCUCAAGCUGACUUACCUCAAACGGUAGAGUUAGAAACAUACCAGGGGAUUCCAAUUCAAUCCCAUCAAGGUGGCAUGUACCAAUGCCAUCUCACUAGUCCCAGUGAUCAAUUUCUGUUCACAAUUGAUCAUAAUGAUAGGACUAAGAACCAAAGGGAUCACAUACACAAGAAUAGUGUCUGCAAAUACUAGCUGAUAGAAUAAAAAAGGGAGAGAACAAUCCAACACGGGAAGUGAGAUACACAGCAGACUCAUAGAAUGACAGAUGUCCUAAACAGCACUCUGGCCUCAGAAUCAGCCCUUAAGGCAUGCGGAUCCAGCUGAAAAGCCCAUGAGAGUAUUUCAGGCAUGGAAAGCCAAAACACUUUGGAAAAAAAAAAAAACCUAAAUGAAAGAUCUCUGCGAGUGAGAUCCCAGUGGAAAGAACGGGUCAUCAAAGAAGGAGGUACCUUUCUCUGAAGGGAGGAGAGAACUUCCACUUUGACCAUGGCCUUGUCUAAAUAUGAUCAGAGUCAGUGAACUCAGGGUGCUUCCAUAGCCUUGGCAGCUCAUGACAAGAGCCUAGGGUGAUUACUGAGGCCAGAAACAAGAGUGUCAAUUUGUUCAGUCAACAACAGGAGUCACUGUGCACUUACUCCUCAUGUAGGAUCUUUGUCCUUAGUGUGCUGUACAUUGAGGCUUAAUGCUAUAACUAGUACUCAAACAGUAUUUUUCACUUUAUGUUUCUGUGUGGGAGCAAACUGUUGAAAUCUUUACUUAAUGUAUGCUAAACUGAUCUUCUGUAUAUAAAGAGAAACGAAAAUGAAUCUUGAUGUGAAUGGAAGGGGAGAGGGAGUGGGAAAGGGGAGGGUUGCGGGUGGGAGGGACAUUAUGGGGGGGGGAAGACAUUGUAAUCCAUAUUCUGUACUUUGGAAAUUUAUAUUCAUUAAAUAAAAGUUUAAAAAAAUAAAAAAAAAACUGGCACAUAUGAGUAAAAAACCCCUAGCAAAUGCAGCUAUUAUUGUUAGGUACUUUAAAUAUUGGUCCUCAUAAGAGCAGUGACAAAUAAUAUUACUUCUAUUGUGAAAUAGAAGACAUUACAUAUAACUCAGAGUAGUGAAAUGGUCUAGUUAAUAUGACACAGAAGUACCAAUGGCCUGAACCUUCUCUUUUGAAUCUUAUCCUAGUUAUCUUUUCAUCAGAGCUCAGUAGGAAAAAAAAAAACUUACUUGUACUUAUUUCUUCUUUACUAAUUUUCAGAGAACUAUAACUCAAGGAACUCUAGAUGGCAAAUAAUAUGGAUUGAUCAACAAAUGAAAAGUAAUGAAAAAUUUCAUAUGUAUGUCAACAUGAAUAUUGUUCAGUUAAUUAUAAUGUGUAUGUACAAUGGGAUAACAUGCAAUUUUCAAAAAGAAGAAAGAACGAUAUUUAUAUGCCAAAAGAUAUCUAAAAUAAAAUUGUCUUAUUUGGAAUUUGUUUUGAC